ACGUCGUCUCUGAGCCCGUCGUCCACGUGCCCGCCGUCCGUAAGAAAAGGGGAAGGAUCAGCCGGGAGUGGUGAAGGCGAUGAUGGAGACGAUGGCAAACAAUCUUCAGAAGGUGGUGGAGGCGAUGGAAGAGGCAAGGGCAGAGGUCCAGAACUUGACUCUGGACGAGCUGGAGGCGUCGGAUGUCGCGCCGCCGAAGAAGAGGUCGCCGGCGAAGUUGAAGGCGGCGGAGGCCGUCGCGCCGUUGAGAGCGAGCGUAACGCCAACAAAAGUUCCGGCGGAAAAGCCGGCGCGGAACGUCCAGGAGAUGGCGGAGGCGUCCGACGUCGCGCUGUCGAACGUAUAGGUGACGGAGCACGUUGCGCCGCCGUCGAAAAGGAUGUCGCCGGCGCCGAUGACGAUGAAGGUGGCGGAAGACGUCUUAUCGCCGAAAACGAAGUCGCCGGCGAAGGUGAAGGUGGCGACGUAGGAGAACGUCGCGCCGUUGCAAAGGGAGUUGCCGGCAAACAUGUCGAGACCGGCGCCGCCGAAGGUGAAGGCGGCGAUGGAGGCGACGGCGGAGGCGUCCGACGUCGCGCCGUCGAACCUGAAGUCGCCGGCGAAGGUGAAGGUGGCGGAGGCCGUCGCACCGUUGAAAUUGAAGGUGGCGUCGGCCGUCGCGCCGUUGAAAGGGAGGUCGCCGGCGAAGUUGAAGGAGGCGAUGGAAACGACGCUAGCUCCUCCAGGUCCGCCAGUUCGCACGCCAAUUCGUCCAAUUUCAUGUCGAGCCGGUCGGCGUUGAAAAUAUACUUGUAUGCCCGCUCAUGGGCGCGGUCGAUGACAGCCUGGGAGUCGGGCAAAGUUGAAGCGUAA